CGAAACCUACGCCGACACCAUGAACAGCACCGCUGCACGCCAGCAGCAACAGCGCCAGCGCACAACAGCCACAGCAGCGACUGGCGCAGCAGCCAACAAGAAGAAGACGCGUGCGUUCUAUGGUGCGGUGGGGCUGGUGUUCCUGGCGCUGGUCACUGUGUUGAUAACGUCGUCGUCGCCGUCGUCGUCUUCGUCGCUGCUUCCCUUCUCGUCAUCGUCGUCGUCGUCGUCCAACCGCGCAGCGCAACGAGCCGCGUCGGACAAGGCAGCAGCAGCCACGUUCGACAAGGACGGCAAGGCAGCCACCAACGAAAACGUGGGCUGUGACGGUAGCGGUGAUGGGACGCAGGAGAAGGGGGCAGGCGGGUGCAAUCAGUGUGACCUGCGGCCCAGGGUGACGCCCAAGGUUGCGUGUCAUAACGCGCCCAUCUUCCUUGCGCAUUUCCCCUUGAGCGGCGGCACCAGCUUGCACGGGCGCAUCGCAAAGGCCUCGAAGCUUCUCCACGACGACGGCAAGCCUCGCCCUUGCCCAGGCAACCUUGUCACGGAGUCGAUGCGGUCGUGGGGAAAAACAAAGCAGUGUCCAGGGCAGGGCUACAUGGACGAGAAGCGACAGGCCAGCUUUGCAUCGAAUUUGACGCAGUGGGACAACUGUGACUUCUUCACCAGCCACGACCCCUCGUCCGUGCUUCUGUAUCUGCCGUGCAGCAACUUCCGCCCCGUCGCAUUGUUGAGACACCCGCUCGAGCAUCGAUGGUCCAUGUGGAACAAGCAAUGGCACGUGCACCCAUACGAGCACCACCGCAACUUCACCUACUGGCUCCUGCACGACAAGCUGGCCAAGACAUACCAGCUCUAUUUUUACGCCGAUGCCCUGUCCAUCUUUCCCGUCACAUACCUGCACCCCGGUGACCUGAACCCGGUGCGCAAGGAUAUGGACUUGGCGCUGCGCGUGGCCAAGGACAACCUGGACACGUUUGCGGUUGUCGGCACGACCGAACGCAUGGGAGACACGAUCCGCGCGCUCGCGCUCACCAUGGGGCUGAGCCGCGAGCAGGCCGAUGCCUUGGUGGAAGGCACCACGCACGUGCACCAGAACGCGCACAAGUCCGCGGUGCCGGAGGAAGCGCAGCGGGCGGAGGUGUUGGACGGCGUGUUGUGGCACGAGAUGGAGCUCUACAGGCACGCCAAUGCCAAGCUCGACCACACCCUCGCAUCCUUUGGUGAGAGCAGUGAACGUGACAGGCGCAGUGGUGGUGGUGGUGGUGGUGGUGACAAGUCACACAGUUGACACAAGCAAGGGCAUCAUGAAAAGGGUUGGCGUGUCUGUGUCUGUGACGAAUUUCACAUAAAGUUAUCCGUGAA